AUGCCCACAGAUGACCGUCGACGUAUUGCCGAACAGACAGCAGCUGACCCAACGCUGUGUGCAGUGCGAGAUGCUUUGCGCAGCCCUCACUGGCCAAGACAGCCAAUCCUGGGACCCUACGAAGCCAUCCGCCAUGAGUUGAGUGUGUGGAAAUUUCCCGGGGUGGAUGGGUUUCUCAUUCUCCGCGGGGAGAGAGUUGUCAUACCAACAGCAGCCACACAACGAGUCAUUGAGCUAGCACAUUCAGGCCACCCCGGAGUCGACAAAACUCUCCAACGGCUGAGAGAAGCCGUGUGGUGGCCAGGGUUCACCAAAGAAGUCAAACAGGUGUUAACUAACUGCAGUCCGUGUGUGAUUGAGUCUAAAGUGAGGCGCGUGCCACUACAGCCGCGGAGGCUGCCAUCUCGACCAUGGCACACUGUGUCGGUCGACAUAUUCUACUACCAAUCGAAGCCCUUUCUCAGCUUCCUGGAUGUAUAUUCCCGUUACCCAACCGUGGUUCUGUUACGUGCCGAGAAUGCUGCAGCGGUAACUCAGGCAUGUGAACAAGUCUUCAGCUUGUUCGGCACCCCAACCAAUGUCAUCUCCGAAAACGGACCGCAGUUCCUGUCAGCAGCGUUUGCGGCCAAGUGUAAAGAGUGGCAGUGCAAUCAUGAGCGAACGGUGCCCUACCAGCCAAGACAAAAUCCAGUGGAGCGGCUACACCAGACGUUGAAACGCCUCAUGCGAAAGUCUGGACAGUCUUCCAUUCAGGCAGCGCUUCAAUCGGCACUGCAGGUGAUUCGCUCAACCGUGUGCGAUGCUACUGGUCGAACUCCAGGGGAUGUGCUUCUUCGUGGAGGAUAUAACACGCCGUUACGCAACAUCCAACCAUCGACACCGGAUGCCGAGAGUGACAGUGAGAUGGAUGACGAGAUCCGGGCACAAGACGCCACAAUGAAGGAAGCUGCAAAGACACGGUAUGACCUGCGACAUCGAUGCCAAGACCGGACAGUAGACGCAGGUGAUCACGUGUAUGUCAAGGAAGCAUCCGGAGACACACGACAAGCCACUGUGGUGUCUGCAACGCCGCAUGACGUGGUGUUAGAAGGUGAUGAUGGAUCCAUGCGACGCCGCCAUCUGGACACCGUACGACCAGCACCGAGCAACCUUGAGCCAUCGGCUGAUUCAGCGGCUACCCCUACGCCCGACACAUCAGCUGACCACACUACAGACCAGACCGUUUGCUGGCCUGCCAGUUCCCAAGACUCCCGGCCUACACCCCCAUUGUCUGCAUCCAGUACGAUACGGAAGUCGACACGUACUCACAAGCCCAGAACUGUUAUGGACCUGUGA